AACGGAUCUGCCGGUCGGUCCAACAGCUACAGCCCACAUAUCUUCGCUGCUGUUCAGAUGGUGCUCAGCCAGGUGUUUUUCAACGGCUUGUGUGGACUGCGGAGAAAGUCCGCGCUGCGUCACCUGUGCUUGGGUGGUCGGUGCAAGGUUGACUGUUUUGAAAUGGUUAUUUGAGAGUAGUUGUAGUGUGAGUUAGCUAGCUUAGUGUGUGGACGCUGGUAUUGAUGAGGCAUCGUCGCGGCGCCGGACCUGGUAAGACCUUUUUAUUAAUGGUGAAAAA